AUGGCGAAUGAAACAUUAUCAAUGUCAUGCGAUGCUCUGUUUGAUAUCUUCUGCAUGAGCGAUAGUGGUAUAGACGGUGAACAGACUGGGGAUUGUGGCCCCCUUGAUUCAGCGCACGACAAAAGCGAGCUCGAACCCAAGCCGUGCUCCUCCUGCAUGCCGGAGUGUCUGAAGGUGAUUCGCACGCUUCAUUCACCGCAGUCAACUCGCCACUGCGUUUUCGACAGCACCCUCGAUUCGGCCUCGUACCACCAACAAGCCUACGGUCGUACCUUGGGCCAAGUCCUCGCAAUCAACCGACUGGCCCUGCAGUGCGGAGCCAGAGCUAUGCAAUGUCAGUCAUGCUGGAAGAAGCCGGCCGUUCAGCUGUUUGUCUCCAUCAUCUGCGAUAAACUCAUCUCAUGGACAAUAAUACAAUCGUCUUCAGCAGCAGUUGAGACCACGCAUGUUAUAUCCACGGCGGAGAAGCCAUUGUCGUCUCUCGACCUCUACGGCACCGGCAGCAGUAAUACCAGCAUGCUCGAACAGUCUGUUAGUAAAGUUGCCAGUGAGGCCGUUCUCAUUGGCGAACACGCCAUUCCCUCAUCCGAAUCUCUAACCAGUCGAAUUGGGCUUCUGGCAGCCAUGGAUAGCUUGCAAGCUACGGAGCGAUUAUUGCGUACAGGUGAACGGCAGCCAAUGUUCGGGGCAAUGCGGUCAAGUUUUUCGGGGACUGUCGAAUAUCUCGAGUCAAAAUUAAUGCAGGCUAAGUCUCUGACAUUGCACGAAAUACAAAAACACAUAGUAAACAGCCACCAAUCGAUGAUUGAAAUAGGGAAUGGUUACGAUCCCUAUUUGCCCAACCGAGACGGCCGCAACAACCAUAUCACCAACCAUCACAAGGGCGAUUCUUAUCAUUUCGUGGCGCCCUCUCUCGUUUCUAUCGACCCCACGGCAUACCUUUAG